CUUGCAGGGUUCAGUGUCAUUCAAAGAUGUGACCGUGAACUUCACCCGGGAGGAGUGGCAGCACCUGGAUCCUGCUCAGAAGACGCUGUACAUGGAUGUGAUGUUGGAAAACUAUUGCCAUCUUGUCUCUGUGGGGUGCCAUAUGACCAAGCCUGAUGUGAUCCUUAAACUGGAACGAGGAGAAGAGCCCUGGCCAUCAUUUGCAGGUCAUACCUAUUUAGAAGAAAACUGGAAAGCAGAAGACUUCUUAAUGAAAUCUAAGGAACAACAAGAUAAAUAUUCUAGAUCAGUUGUAUUCAUCAACCACAAAAAACUGAUUAAGGAGAAAGGUAUUAUGUAUGAAAAGACACUAACUCUAGGCAAAAACACUUCUGAAUAUGAUACUCAUAAAACAAUUUUGAAAAACGUUUCAAAAUUAAUCAUCAAUAACCUAGGCCCUGCAAGAAAGAAACAUGGUGAAUGUAAUGGAUAUGGAAAAUCAUUCCUCAAUACUAAGCAAGAGAUAGCUUAUCCUAGAGUCAAAUCCCAUAAUCAAAAUGGGAAAGUUCUUAGUCAUAAUGAAGUGCUUACUCACUUUCAGAAUAUGGAAACUCCAGCACAGUCACUUGGAUAUAAGGAACAUGCAACAUCCUUCCUUAAAAAGGGAGGGUUGAUUACACAUAAUAUAGCUUACAGAGGGGGAAGCCCAUCGAAGUAUAAUCAAAAGAGAAGAGCAGGCAAUAUUGAAAAAAAACAUACAUGCACUGAAUGUGGGAAAUCCUUCUGCAGGAAGUCAGUCUUGAUUCUACAUCAGGGAAUUCACACGGAGGAAAAACCCUAUCAGUGUCACCAGUGUGGAAAUGCAUUUAGAAGAAAGUCCUAUCUCACUGAUCACCAGAGAACUCACACAGGAGAGAAACCAUUUGUUUGUAAUGAAUGUGGUAAGUCCUUCCGCCUAAAGACAGCCCUCACGGAUCAUCAGAGAACACAUACAGGGGAGAAAUCAUAUGAAUGUUCAGAAUGCAUGAGUGCCUUUAGGUUGAAAUCACACCUCAUUCGUCAUCAGAGAACUCAUACAGGAGAGAAACCAUAUGAAUGCAAUGAAUGUGGGAAGGCCUUCCGUCAGAAGACAACACUCUCUCUACAUCAGAGAAUUCAUACAGGGGAGAAACCGUAUAUCUGUAAAGAGUGUGGCAAGUCUUUCCACCAGAAGGCAAAUCUCACUGUACAUCAGAGAACUCAUACAGGAGAGAAGCCUUAUAUUUGUAACGAAUGUGGCAAGUCAUUCACCCAGAAGACAACCCUUGCUCUUCAUGAGAAAACUCAUAAUGAGGAGAAACCCUAUAUUUGUAAUGAAUGCGGGAAGUCCUUUCGCCAGAAGACAACCCUAGUAGCACAUCAGAGAACACAUACAGGGGAAAAGUCCUAUCAAUGUCCUCACUGUGGGAAGGCCUUUAGAAUGAAGUCAUAUCUCAUUGAUCAUCACAGAACUCACACUGGAGAAAAACCAUAUGAAUGUAAUGAGUGUGGGAAAUCCUUCAGUCAAAAAACAAAUCUCAAUCUGCAUCAGAGAAUUCAUACAGGGGAGAAACCAUAUAUUUGUAGUGAAUGUGGAAAGUCCUUUCGCCAGAAAGCCACCCUUACUGUACAUCAGAAAAUACACACAGGGCAGAAAUCCUAUGAAUGUUCUCAGUGUGGGAAAGCAUUUAGCAGGAAGUCAUAUCUCAUUCAUCAUCAAAGAACUCAUACAGGGGAGAAACCAUAUAAAUGUAGUGAAUGUGGAAAGUGUUUUCGUCAGAAGACAAAUCUCAUUGUUCAUCAAAGAACUCACACAGGGGAGAAACCCUAUAUUUGUAAUGAGUGUGGUAAAUCUUUCAGUUAUAAGAGAAACCUCAUUGCCCAUCAGAGAACUCACAAGGGAGAAAACAAUGACAUGCAAUAAAUAAUUUCUUUGUGAAGAUUUUCCAAUUCUUUAUAAACUUUUUAGUUUGAAAAAAAAGCAUGCCUAAAUAUUUUAAUACCAACUUUAAUCGUAAGUGUAAUAAUAGUCAAUUUAAUUAUCUAUUGCUUAUUAGCAUACUAAAUAUGUAUAUAAUUAUUGUUGCUAAAUCUAUCAUCAAUGAAGCUAUUUUUUAAAAAAACUUUUUCAAUCACUGCUGAAUCAGAUAGUUUAUU